AUGAUGAAGGUGAUGAGGAAGAUUACUUUAGCUAGGAAGCAGCAGAUAGGUAAAGGUGCCUUUCUGGAUUGGGAGUUAAUGAUGAAUGGAAUGACUGAUGUGAUAAUAUAUCGGUCUACUAANNNCCCCCCCCCACAGGACCAGGUCAUCCAGCUGGUGAACUCCAUCUUCGGUAAGAAGUCCUGGGACUCUCUCUCCGAGGCGUUCAGCGUGGCCAGCGCGGCCGCCGCUCUCUCCAACAACCGCUUCCACGUGCCGGUCAUCGUCAGCGCUCAGGGCCCGGCCACCGUGUCCCACAGCCAGCCCACCCUGCAGCUCCUCGUCACUGACAUCAUGUCUCAACCUCUGACCGCCGCCAACGUGCUGUUGGAGUCUGCGUACGCUGUGGCCUCCAAGAGCAUCAUCCUCAGCCAGGCUGCUUUCACACUCAACGAGUACAAUACACAACUAAAAAAAACUGUAUUUCAUUUAUUUACAAAUUCACCUUACAUUUUUCAAACUGUCCGUCUUCAGAUCAGUGAGUGCAGCUCGCAGCAGAUCCGAGGUCUUUCAUCUCUGAGGUCCAGUCUGGCAACUCUGAGUAUCCACCACUCCAUGGAAACUAUGACGUCAAUCCUGGUCCCGGAGUCGAGCGAGUUCUCUCAGUGGGAGGCUGAGGGGGCGGAGUCAGGCUGUCCCGUCACCGCGGUAAUCCCGGUGUGGAGAAAUCUGACUACGCUGGACAUGAGCCACAACGGCAUCAGCACCAUCGACAGCUCUGUGAAACUGAUUCCUAAGGUGGAGUUUCUGGAUCUAAGUCACAACAAGCUGUCCACAGUGGAGAACCUCCAGCACCUCUACAAUCUGGUCCAUGUGGAUCUGUCCUACAACUGCCUGCAAGUCCUGGAAGCUGCUCACACCCGUCUAGGAAACAUCAAAACUCUGAGUCUGGCCGGCAACCAGCUGCAGCAGCUGAGCGGCCUCACCAAGCUCUACUCACUGGUCAACCUGGACCUCAGCCACAACCAGCUGGACCAGCUGGAGGAGAUCAGGAACAUCGGCUCUCUGCCCUGUCUGGAGAAACUCAACCUGUCCAGUAACCCCAUGUGCAUCAUCCCGGACUACAGGACCAAGGUGCUGGCCCAGUUUGGAGACCGGGCAUCAGAGGUUUGUCUGGACGGUAAGGUGACGACAGAGAAGGAGCUGGACACAGUGGAAGUGUUGAAAGCAAUUCAGAAAGCCAAAGAAGUCAAAGACAGGAUGAGCAGCGGUGACAAGAAGAUCAGUGAGGAGACCAGGCUGUCUGCUGCUGCACCUCCUCACCUCUCCUCCUCCUCCUCUCCCCCCUCCUCUUCCUCCUGCUGCUCCUCUGCUGUCGCUCCUCCCACUGUCACCUCCUCUUCCUCCUCCUCCUCCUCUUUCUCUUCCUGUCCGGCCCAGCAGGCCUCUUGCCCCAGCCAAGAAGUGACAAGCAGAGAAGACUCCGUUUCCCCCAUUACUCUCCCGCCUGUGGACGCUGCACCCCCCCCACCAAGCUUUAACACCAACACAAACCUCCUGUCUGCUGACUCCACCCAGGUACACCAACCUGCUGUCAGUCUGUCUGAACACACACUCUGUGGAGCCCCCACAAGCAUAACUACUACCACUACUACUAAUACUACUACUACUACAAAUUCUACAAAGGCUGUCUGUUGCGCCUGCUGCUCUUCCCCCUCCUCCAGACCAGCUGAGACCCCUUGCUUCUCCUGCAGCGCAGCCUGCUGUCCUCUACUUCCUUCUCUGCUGCUCUCCCUCUCCUCCUCCAACAAAGAUUUCAUUACCCAGCUCUCCCAUCGGGUAAGCUCCAUUCUGAAGGAGCAGAAAAGGGAGAAGGUGGAGGAGGAAGAGACAGAGAAGGAGAGAGAGGAAGACAAGAGGUCUAAAUGCAGAGAGCUUCAGUCCCAUGUGGAGUGCUCUGAGGAGGGAAGCCUCAGUCCAGGCUCCAGGGACGGAUACUUCGAGAUGGGCCUGGAUGACUCUUUAGAGGAGUCCGUCGGCUCCUCUUCCUCCAUGUCGCUCGCUGUUCCUUCUGUAGAGGAGCCUUGUAGCCAGCAGGAGGAGCUGUGUGAAGAGGAGGAGGAGGAGGAGGAGGAAAAGGAAAGGAAGAAGGAGAAGGAGGUGCAGGUCAGCAGGGUCCUGUGGUGCUACUGUCUUCAGCUGAAGGAGGAAGUGGAGCAAAAGAAGGCUUGCCUGGUGCUGACAGACCAAAUAUUGUGCCUGAUGUAUCUGUCAGAUGAUUUCACACGGUCCAAUCAGGACGCAGACCAGGAGCAGAGUGUGGAGGAGGUGCUGUCCAGCCUGCAGGUGGACCUCCUGCUUCCGUACUCACAGCUCCUCCUCUCCUCCCAAGCCGAGCUCCCUGACUCCUGCCUCGCAUUCGGCCUCCAAGCCGCUCCGACCCGCUGGUUCCUGUUCUCGGAGCCCAAGGCGCUCCGGCAGACCAGGAGCGAGCUGAAGGUGUUGAUCCAGGCCAUGAAGUCUCAGCCUGACCCCGAGCCCCCCCUCCCUCCUCAGCUCCUCCACCGCUCGCUCAUCAACUCCUGGGAGCUGGAGGAGAGUCAGGGGGCCCAGGGAGGCUAUGCUGCCUUUCUCCUUCCUUCCUCCUCCACCUCCUUCUCAGCCCCGGACACCCACCCGCUCCUGUCAGACAUCUUAUCCAGCAGAGAGGACCCCAGCCUCCCUUCCCUCCUCUUUCUCACCCACAGACACCUCUGGGUGCUGAAGAUUGAUUUCAGAGAGCUGGCAGAGAGUGAGAGAAGGAGCGCUGGCCUUCAUCACUCCUCCUCCUCGUCCUCUUCCUGGUGCAGGCUGGUCCGUGUGCCCAUCGGCUCCAUGGUGCUCCACCCUGGAGAAAGGACUUCAAAGGUCGAGGAAAGAAGCAGCAACACCUCCUGCCCCGACCCCAAACACCUCCACAGGAGGAGUCACUCUGUGGAGCUGCUGCUGGGCGGUCAGAGGCUGCUGCUGCUCUUCCCUCUGGCUCAGAACAGGAGCUCCUUCCUGGGGGAGCUUAGGCAGAGGAGAGCUGCUCUGGAGGGGCUCUGGAUGGUCGCCCUGCCUCUGCCCUGUCCACAGGACGGGCCGCACACACAAGGCCGCCACGGAUCUAGAGACCAGUGCUGUUGUUCCAGAAAGAGGAAAUCACACAGCACCAACAGCUGGGACUCCUCCCGUCUCCAGGUGGAGGAGAACCAGCCGUCCCCCCACCUCACCCCAAGUCUCUCCCCAGGACUGAAGCUCCUUGCUGGGCUCGGAGGGGAGCAGCUGCUGACUCACUUUCAUAGAUAUAUAGCAGAGUCUGAGUCGGAGGAGGUGAGACAGGUGUUGUGGCUGUCUGUGGUUCUCUACAAGUCUCCAGAGUCUGAGCUCACCUGCUGUCUGCUUCUAUCCAACGACACCAUCUACUUCCUGUUGGAGGACUCCGCCGCCACACUCGUUCAUCACUCUGGUAGGAUAUACAGACAUGUUGGUUUAGUCAGUGAGAUUUAG